AUGUGCGGUCGAUACGCGCUGGCCUUGCGGCCCUCCCAAAUUCGCCAAAUGCUCCAAGACGACGACAUGCCCGUCGACGACGCCCCCGCCGACGAGGGCGACGGUGCCCCGCGUCAGAGCUACAACUUUGCCCCGGGCUACCACGGCAUCGUUUACCGCGCCGACGUGCCCGGCUGGGGACGAGCCAGUACAUCCCAUGCCAACACCGACACCAACGCCUCUGCCGACGACCGCGACGCGGACCACCACCACCAACUCCCAACAGAAGAGCAAGACGCGCCGCCGCAAGAAACCCACUACAAGCUGCAGUCGAUGAAAUGGGGCCUCAUCCCGUCCUGGACGAAGCGCAACCCAGACUACGGCGCCAUGCUCAAGACCAUCAACUGCCGCGACGACUCGCUCGCCUCGCCGGGCGGCAUGUGGGCGUCGAUGAAGGGGCGCAAGCGCUGCGUCGUGGUCGCGCAGGGCUUUUACGAGUGGCUCAAGAAAGGCAGCAACAAGAUCCCGCACUACGUCAAGCGCAAGGACGGGAAGCUGAUGUAUUUUGCGGGAUUGUGGGACUGCGUUCGGUACGAAGGGGAAGAGGGGGAGCAUUAUACGUAUACCGUGAUCACGACCGACAGUAACAAGCAGUUGAAGUUUCUGCAUGAUCGGAUGCCGGUUAUUCUGGAGCCUGGGACCGAGGCCAUGUUGAGGUGGCUGGACCCGGGGAGGAAAGAGUGGGGGAAGGAGUUGCAGGCGGUACUGCGGCCGUUUGAGGGCGAGCUCGAGGUGUAUCCGGUUAGUCAGGAGGUCGGCAAGGUGGGGAAUAACUCGCCCAGCUUUGUCAUACCCGUGGCGAGCAGGGAGAACAAGGGGAAUAUCGCGAAUUUCUUCGCCAAAGGUGCGGAGAAGAAGAAAGCGGAAAGGGUGGGUGGAGAUGAGGUAGAGGUUGAGAAGGAGUCGGGAAAGACGGAGAUGAAGACGGUGGAGGAGGUGGGGAGGGAUGCUGAUGAUGGAGGGAUGGGCAUGCCGAAGAAGGGUGUCAAGAGGGAGGCCGACUCGUCGCCCGUAAAAGGAGCACCGCCGGCGAAGAAGGGGCCGUCGAACAAGGGGGCGUCGCCGAUCAAAGAGAAGCCAGAGGCUCGAGGCAAGAUCAGCGCGACGAGCAACACCGGCAGAAGCCCUGCCAAGGCCAGGGUAAAGGCGGAGGGAAGCCAGAAGAUCACGAAGUUUUUUGGGAACAGCGCUUAG